AUGAGUCUCUUGUCUCGAUCGGACGAAGCAAAUAAGAGGGGGAAGGCAAUCACCUUCAAAUUAGAGUGGUGGUUGGACAGAGAGGGUCGACGGAAGCAGCAUUCGGAGGUGGCGAUGGUUCACAGCAGUGGCAGCAACAAAGUGGUGGUCGGUGACGGGUGGCUAGCAAUAACAGCUCCACUGCCUUGUUCCCUUUGUGUCUGGCAGCACACGACGGGGAAGACGAGGGAGGAGGGGAGAGUUUGGUGGUGGUCAAAAACUGUGGUGGUAGGAGGGUAA